GAGCAGCCCAUAUGAGUAUAGCUGCUAUACACGUCUGUCAGCUGCUGCUGUCUUACAUUGCCUAAUGCUAUACUAGAAUAUAAUAUUAUGAUUAUCCAUAGUAUUUGACAUCCCUACGACGUACCGAUUCGACGACUAGUGAGUAGUGACUACCGAGUGUCCGAGUAACCUACCGACUGACGUGUAUCGAGUUUCGUCUUCCAUUUUACAGUUUAUUUGAGUAAAAUGUGUAUUCCUGAUUUGCGCGUACCCUUGGACGACUACGCGAUACCUGACAAUGAAGGUGUGUUUGAGGAACCACAAAGAGGUGAAGACAUUUAUUAUUCUGAUUAUGAAUCUUCAUCAGACUCAAGUUCAGAUGAUAAUGAUGAUGAUAAUGAUAUUGAAGAACUCGAUGACAAUGAUGAUGGAGAAGAAAAUAAUGACGGUGGCAGUCUAGGUGAUGACGACAAUUAUGACCAAGUAGAUGAGGAAUUAUUUGCUUAUCUUUAUGACGUCAAUAGUUCAAUGCAUCCAAAUACUUUAUUCGUUGGUUCCACAGUUGGUGCACUUUCUUUUCUCCCGGACCCAAGCAUAAAUAUUAUUGCUCUUGGUCUCUCAAAUGGUGUUAUUAAAAUGUACUUAUAUGAUGAUAUAGAUCAGCAGUAUUUGAGAGCAAUAAAUGAUGUUCAUUUAAACAAAAUUACGGUAUUAGAAUUUGAUGAAACUGGUGAAUAUAUAUAUUCAGCUUGUAAGGACAAUAAUGUCUCAGUGUCUGAUGUCGAAACAGGACAACUUAAAGCAUACUUUGAAGAAGCUCAUACAGCAGGGAGUUUUGUAACAGCACUUUCUUUUAUUGAUGAAAAUGUAUUUGCUACUGGUGGUAAAGAUGGUGUAGUUAAUGUUUGGGAUAUAAGAGCAAGUGGGUGUAGAUUUUCAUUAAAGAAAUCUGAAGACAGUAUUGAUUCAAUGAUUACUAUUAAUGAUAGUAAUAAUCAACCUACUUUAGCUUGCACAACAGGUGAUGGUACAUUGACUAUUUUUGAUUUGUCAACAAAAAAAAUAGUUAUUCAGUCGGAACCCUAUAAAUCUGUAUUAACUAGCUGUGUAACAAUGAAACAAAAAACAAAAGUAGUAUGUGGUACUGGUGUAGGAUCACUGAUUACAUUUAAUACUGGAGACUUCAAUGCAUUCCAUGAAGAAUUCCCAUGUUUUGAUAAAGAUGCCGCUGUGACCAGAUUAGUUCCACUUACAGAAAACAUUAUAAUAAAUGCUUUAGAUAAUGGAAAUAUCAGGGCAACACACUUAUUUCCCAACUCUCAUUUAGGCAUUGUUGGUCAACAUCAAAAUAAGAUUGAUCUUUUGGGUGCAUCACCUAAUGGUGAAAUAUUAGUUUCAACAACUCCUUUCAGUGUUGUUGUUGCCUUUUGGUAUACAGAAUUACAUCUUCAUCGGGAUUGAUUUAAAAAGCACUGAGAAUAUCAACCAAAAGAAUUAAAUUUGCCAUCAUGAAAAUAUGUUGUUAAUGCCACUGACUUUUUUUCCAGU